AUGCCGACGGCCCGUAACAACGAAGAUUCACUUAAAGGAAACGGUGGCAAGAGAUCCAAAAAAGGCGUAAAUGAUAACUUGUCGUCGAGUAAUGAGACGGUUAAACGAAAGCGAAAGGUCGAUCCGGCCGGACUCGGUGGUCCGUCAACCGUGAAGAUUGUUACCGCAGACACAUCGGGUGUCGGCGGUGAAAAGUCGUCCAAACAAUUCAGGGACACUAAAGUUAAGUCGUCAAGCGGAAAGUCGAGUCGAGACAGCGGCAAGAACUCGGUCGGCACUUUAGAGCAGGCGAUCCGCGAGAGAAACAUAUUUACCGCGUUCGCCAAGAUGCCAGCCGAAACUCAGAUGACGUUGAUCAAGAAUGGUUGGAUCGGAAAAAUUACGUCCAACGACAACUGCGGUUUCGGUCGGAGUGAUGCCACCGUCGAGGUGAUAUCGUUGCAUAAUAACGAGGAGCGUGUCAAGGGAGUCGCCAAACGUUACGAGUCUGGUCUGAUGUGGAUGGACGCGCACAGCGGCGGCGUCGACUGGAUGACGCUGCGCCCGGACGUCGUGGUCAACCGGUUUCCGCGGGACGCAAACGCUUCUUUGAAGCUUUGCGGCCACGCUUUGGCAGGUAGAUCCGAGUUCGACGGCCACUAUCCAAGGACGUACCCCGCGCGCACCGAAGGGAUUCACGCGGACAGCUUCGUCGCGGACUACUCCCUAACCGCUUGCGUGUCGUUACUGCGAGCGUUCGUGGACGGUGGUCAUCAAAACAUGUGCGCCAAAAACGGUCAAGUUCCUCUUUCGGCACUCAACUUCGCCGCGUUUAAAUGUCACCAAUACCUAACGGACGACGGGUCGCUAUUUCCGGUAUCGUUUCUGGGCAAGGGCGGUGCCUGGGAAACGUUUUUCCAACAUUACUAUAAGAUCGUUCACGACCAGCGGAAGUUCACCGUACCGGUCGACGACGAGGAAGCGGCGCUGCGCUUUUUGACCGCGUCGAGCGCACUGCUGGUCCAUCAGCUGACCGAGGCGAGGCCGCAGACGGCGAUCGACGGUUAUCAGAACGUGUGGAUCGUCAAGUCUACGGCCGCUCUGCACGGCGGCCGUCCAGUGAUGUCGAACAAGAUCGACGAUCUGAUGGACAGCAUCGGCCGGUCGGGCGGCUCCGACCGCGUGGUGCAGAAGUACAUCGAGACGCCGCUGCUGCGCGACAACGUCAAGUCGGACGUGCACACGUGGAUCGUGCUGUCCACGCUCGACGGCCGGCUGACGGUGUGGCUGCACCGGACGUGCGCCGUCCAACCGUACGCGCAUCGGUUCUCGCUGCACCGGGAGGCCGCCGUGUCCGGCCACAUCGACCGGGCCAAGUCGCACGGGCUGCACGCGAUACUGCGGCCGACAGCGCUGACUUGCGGCCUCGACCAGCUGGCCAGCACCAUGCGGCGUAACGAGACAACGGGCGAGCAGCGGAAGCGACUGCGGAAUCGGCAGCGGCGACGGUCGGCCGUCGAGGGCGGCGGAAACGACGACGAAAUCUACUCGGCGAUUCGACGGUCCGUCGUGUCGGCGAUGACCGCGGCCGCGACGGCCGGUUCGCUCGACCUGCGACCGAACUGCUUCGAACUUUUCCGCGGCACUUUCGUGUUGGGCGACGACACGCGGCCGUGGCUGAUCGACAUCGUGUCGGAUGACCCGUGUCUGGACGCCGACUGCAGGCACAGCGACCGGACGGCGCCGGCGGCCGUCGUGGCCCGGAGUGUGGCGCGCGGCGUGGCCAAGAUAUUGGUGCGCAGCGGUCGCGGCCGCGCCACCCGGAUCGGCAUGUUCGACGUGGUGCACGAGUGCCCGAUGCCGGCCGGCGCCGUGUCGUAUGCGCCGCGGCCGUACGCAGAGUCCGCGCGCGCCUCCACCGCGUCCAAAUUGUUGGUCAACCGCAAGAUCGACCGCCAGCGCGGCCACGCGUCCCAAAGCGUCCCGCCGGUCACCCGUCACCAACGUCACUGGUGGGACGACAAUUCCAUCAGCACGUACGUGCAGACCGUCACUGCGGACGACGUGCUGCUGGAACAACCGCGGACGUCCACUCCGGCGAUCGGUGUGCAGGCGGUGGUGGACGACGCGGAGUUGAGUUCAGAGGUGAUUGCCGCGUCGACCGAAAACAUCGCGGACCUUUGCGUCCCGCUCGAGUCCCGUUCGCGUUUGCCGCUGUCCGAAAGAUGCAAGACGAAGUUCUCGUCCGUUCAGAAGAUUUGCAAGUUCAUCAUGCGCCGAGGCCUCAAGAAAAACAAGCGUAACUCGCGAUGA